AUGAUUGAUGCUCAGAGGUUCGGUGACUCUGCUCCGAAUGCUUUGGAUGAAAUCCGUGUCGACUUAAGACAGAUCCGAGAACAACAGGCUUUGCUUCUAGAGUCUGUUAAUUUUUGUAGCAACAAAAUAUCUGACUUUGAGAAGGAACUCUCAAGACUCAAUGAUUAUAUCAAAAACACCGAUCAAUUUUUCAAUGAAAACAAAGUAAUAAAAAAAGAUAUGGAGACCCGUCAGUUGAAAAUAAAUGACCUAGAUCAGGCCGCCCGCUCAAAUAAUAUUAAGAUACAGGGUGUCCCUGAAAAGAAUAACAAAGAAAUUGGGAUAUAUAUUGAUAACGAAGUCAGGCCCGCUGCCAUCGACUAUGUUCACAGAGUUAAGGUGAACCACAACUCCCCUAAUGUCAAAGCAAAAAAUAUAAUCGUUAGAUUUACAUCGAUGAGAGAAAAAGAGCGAUUCUUAAUGGCAGUCAAGACCAAACGUAUCGCUAAUGGUAGUUCCCCUAAAAUGCCUUUGGAUGGAAUUUCAGAUGCAUUCUAUAUCAUCGAGCAUUUAACUUCAGCAAACAAAAUAUUGUUUAAGGAAGUCAGCCUAGCAGCAAAAAACAAGGAAUACAAGUAUGUCUGGGUGAAAUAUGGUGUAAUUUUCUGUAGACAGUCUGAUUCUUCCAGAAUAAUAGCCAUAAAAAAUCAAGACUCAAUAAAAUGUAAAUUGUGCUUCACGAUUACAGAUCACGUCUCCUAUAGUAGUUACUCUUUCCAUGGAUGA